AUGGAAGAAAACAGCAACAACAAUAACAGCCACACUGCCAGUAGCAACCACCGAGCACUGUAUAAGCGUACCAGCAUACCAAGAAGUCAAGAAGAAUUGCGUGAACGACGUAUGGUGUUCGAUCAAUCCCUUCGCAAGAAGCAUCGCGAACAGCUUAUUACUGCCAAACGAUUCCGUCAACUUACGCAUCGCGAAGAAAAGGAGAGUGCAGAGGAUAUCGAUCCUUACUAUCGUCUAACACCCGAGCAAGUGAAUGCGCUGGCAUCUGAUUUGAAGAGUGAUGAAAAGCAAGUGCGUAUGGUGGCAGCACAGCAUUUGAGCAAGUUUAUCUUGGAGCCGGCACAAGCUUUGAUUGAUUACAUUACUCAAGGGGAUUGUAUGGAAGCGCUUACACACAUGAUGACGGGCACUGAGCCUGAUGAGCAGCUGCAAGCCGUCCAAACAAUCUCAAAUAUUGCCGCUGGUCCUCAUGAUUUAUGGAUAAAGUCAGUCUCGGCCGUGCCAUAUAUGAUCCAAUACCUCGAUUCGGAUAACAUUAAUCUUCAAGAAGCAGCAGCUGGUGCUUUGGGAAAUAUGGCAGCUGAAGAACUGGGUGAUAUGACAACCGAAGAUGAUGAAGUACGUGAUACGAUCCGAAAGAAUGGCACCAUUCCACCUUUGGUACGAUUGCUUGAUUCUACGGAUCCCAGAUUGGUGCAGACGACAUGCUUUGCUUUAGCCAACUUGGCAGCACGCGCAUCAGAGAGUCAACUACAUGCAUUCAUGGCUGCUGGGAUAACACCUCGAUUGUUGCGUCAUCUCAAGGAUAAAACGCCUGAUACAGUCACUGAUAUUUGUUGGGUGCUCAGUUACAUGACAGCUGGGUCCAAGGAGUUCCGAAAAGAAAUCAUGCAUCAACGCAUCGCUCCCUUGCUGGUGGAGAAUUUGAGAGAUCUUGCUCAGCAUGGUCCUGUGGUCUUGCCUAUUGUGCGUACUCUGGGAAAUUUAUGUGGUGGGCCGGAUGAGUACACCAAGGCUUUGCUUGCACAGGAUGGCUUCCUCUUCACAAUACUCCUUUUGACGCAUUCCGAGCAUCGGGCAAUCAAAAAGGAAGCGUUAUGGGCAUUAUCCAACAUUACAUCUUGUGAGGAUAUGGACAUUGUGAAAAGUGUGGUGGAUGCAAAUGGUAUUGGUUAUCUCGCUGAUAUCCUUGAACAACAUGGCGGUUAUGAUAUUCGUCAAGGCGCUGCUCAAUGUCUCUUGAAUAUUGCCUAUCACAGUGAAAAGUAUAUGGAGAUUCUACCACAUCAACGGCUACUACCAGCCUUUGUGGAUUUGGUCCAAUCUCAGGAUGCUGAAAUAAUGAAGCUUGGAUUACAGUACAUUGAUUUGCUAUUGACACGUGUACCAAGGGGAGCUGAUGUGGUUCAAGUGACACCAAACUGCAUGAAAGCUUUAGGUUCAGUGACACCCAUGCCUGAUCCCGAGCUCUAUGUGUAUGCGAACAGAUUGGUUGACAAAUUUUAUGGAGAAGCAACACAAGAGCUACAUGGAUGA